AUGACUGAGUGCAAAUCUGUUUCAACUCCCCUGUGUCCUAAUUCCAAGCUGUCCCUUGAGUGUACCACAAAACCAGUUCCCUCUACUCUUUAUAGGUUUAUCAUUAGCAGUCUAUUGUACCUUAUAGCUUCCAGACCUGAUAUCAUGUAUUCUGUGGGGUUAGUAGCAAGGUUUCAAAGCAAUCCUAGACUCUCUCAUCUUCAAGCUGCUAAAAGGAUUCUGAGAUAUGUCAAGGGUACUAUUUCCUAUGGUCUACAUUAUAUCUUCUCACCUAUAUUGCCUAUCACAGCCUUUUUAAAUGCUGAUUGGGGUGGAUCCUUACCUGACAGAAAAAGUACAUCAGGCGGUUGCUAUCUUCUUGGUUCCAACUUAGUUUCUUGGUUAAGUAAGAAGCAAGAUACUGUCUCUCUGUCUACUUCAGAAGCUGAAUACAUAGCUGCUUCUCAGGCUGGUUCCCAACUUCUCUGGAUGCACACUACUUUUGUAGAUCUUGGUCUUUAA